AGCUCCGACCCCCACGAGUUUCGUCGUUAUCGGGAGGAUGGUGGCCCCGGGUAGAGGAUUGGGAUCGUCGGUCUCUUCGCGUCCCCGUCCUGGCCCGGGAAACCGGAGGGCUCACGCUCGCCAGUGCUGUGCAGGUCGCUGUUGUCUGCAGGCCGGGAACAAUUCUUUCUUCCGAUAACACGUGCCUUUGAGAACCCAAAGUCCUGGAACCUCGCGCUAGACAUUUGCAAUAGUGGCAGCCAGGAGUACAGCACGCAGGGCCCGCGCUGGGGAGGCGCCGAAGCCCGUCCGUAGACCUAGGGGAACUUGGCUGUAGUGUCCAGCCUCAGAGAAGAACUCAUCUCUUGCAGGCCUAGGCUGGGUUGCUGCCUUUGCAAACAAGGUGAGGUUGCAACCAGAACACAGCAUGGAAUUUCCAGAGCAGUCUCACUUCAAAGCUUUAUGAAGAACGAGAACCACAUGAACUUCUGCAAGGGAUACUGAACUGGCCUGAGUUUGAGGGAAAGGAUAAUGUGUGCCCAGCCGGUCGCUAACACCAAGGAGAUCCGGUGGCAGAAGGUCUUGUAUGAGCGACAGCCCUUUCCCGAUAACUAUGUGGACCGGCGGUUCCUGGAGGAGCUCCGGAAGAACAUCUACGCCCGGAAGUACCGAUACUGGGCCGUGGUGUUUGAGUCCAGCGUGGUCAUCCAGCAGCUGUGCAGCGUCUGUGUGUUUGUGGUCAUCUGGUGGUAUAUGGACGAGGGCCUUCUGGCCCCCCAGUGGCUUUUCGGGACCGGCCUGGCAUCUUCCCUGAUCGGCUACAUCUUGUUUGAUCUCAUCGAUGGAGGUGAGGGCCGGAGGAGGAGUGGGCGGACCCGGUGGGCCGACCUGAAGAGCGCCCUCGUCUUCAUCACCUUCACGUACGGGUUUUCGCCGGUACUGAAGACCCUGACGGAGUCCGUCAGCACGGACACCGUCUACGCCAUGUCCGUCUUCAUGCUCCUGGGCCACCUCAUCUUCUUCGACUAUGGAGCCAACGCCGCCAUCGUGUCCAGCACGUUGUCCUUGAACAUGGCCAUCUUUGCUUCUGUCUGCCUGGCCUCACGCCUGCCCCGGACCCUGCAUGCUUUCAUCAUGGUGACAUUCGCCAUCCAGAUUUUCGCCCUGUGGCCCAUGUUACAGAAGAAGCUGAAGGCGUGUACUCCCCGCAGCUACGUGGGGGUCACACUGCUUUUCGCCUUUUCAGCCUUGGGGGGCCUGCUGUCCAUCAGCGCUGUGGGCGCCGUCCUCUUCGCCCUGCUGCUGGUGUCCAUCUCCUGUCUCUGCCCUUUCUACCUCAUUCGCCUGCAGCUGUUCAAGGAGAACAUCCACGGGCCUUGGGACGAGGCUGAGAUCAAAGAAGACUUGUCUCGGUUCCUCAGCUAGGUUAGGGACCCCCGUUCCAUUCCUGCAGCCUGGCAGGCGGGCCUCCCAGCGAGCUAAGGUCUGAGGCCGGGGUCCAUUCUGGAAGCAGCAGACCGAUGUGGGUGGGGGAACGGAGGCCAAAGGCUUGGCUGGUGAAGGUGCUCAUCCCUUCUGUUAUUUGCUGGGUGAGAACUUUCUGGGGCCCUCAGGGGUGACUGCAUCCUGUUUAUUCACCUUAACAGCUGAAGUGAUGUGGUUUCUAUUUAUUAAAAAAUAACAACAUAUCCAUCAAA